CGAAACAUAUUUUUAUCGGCCCAAAGCCCAUAACAAUUUAUUUUAACUAAAACAAAUUUGAUUUAUUUUAAUAAUUAUCUAUUAAUAAUUCUAAGGUAUGUUUUGGGGCGUUACCGACGUAGAGCCCGAGAUCCUAUCCGUUCCGACGAAGCCCGGUGAGGAUUUGAAUGUUUUCCUCAUUCAAAUAAAUGUCCACCCCGUUGACGUUAGGGAUCAACGCUCCGUCCUCAUCCUUUUUCAAGUUCGAGUGGAAAGCUCGAACAAGAAAAGGGUGAUAAUGAGCCUUCUUGAUGUAGAGGAGGUCGAGGAAGUUUCCACGUUCGAGAAUAACCCGUGCCUCACGUGGAAUGAAAUCAUGAAUGAAGCGAGCGGUGGAGAAUCGGGGAGGGAGAAUUUCCCAGGGCUCAAACUUCUCCGAGAACCGCGUCGCCUCUACGCGGUCGUUGAACCAAAGGAACGACCCGUCGAGCAACAAGAAGAAGAAAAGAAAACUCCAACUCCAUGGUAGUAUGUUAAGGAAGAAGAAGGAGCAAGAAAACCAUCCAAAGUUUCCAAAUUUUGAGUCCAAAAACGCAGCAGCAACUUCAAGGAACAUCCGGAAGGUAUUGCAAAGAAAGUUCGGCGUUGGAAUGUUGAAGUUAGUGAGUUAAUCGUCGGAAUCAUGUUCAUCGACAUACCCGAAAUUCUGGACAGCAACUUUCUAGUGACUUCAGGUCCAAUUUACGCUAUCUUACAUAUGUUAAAACGAAAUACUUUCUAUACGAAAGUUAUAGCCUUACGUCUUAGAAAUCCACAGAAUCAAACGGUUUGCGAUUCCGUGAAGAAACGAUGGAGAUAUGCUCAAAAUACCGCAGGCUGUCCAAUUGUGACGGGAAUGACAAAGUUGGUGAAUUUCGAUAUUGUUUUCACUCCCGCUCAUCCGUAAGGUUUCGGCCGAUGAUUUCCAGGUCUGUACCUUUGCGUUAGACUUAUCGAAUCAUUCAUUACAUACAUACAUGAACAUAUAUGUUUCAUAUGUUAAAACCAUUCCAAAAUAUAUAUGUGAUGCAUAUAUAAGUUAUCUAUAUGUUGAGAUCAAAAUACACCAAAUCCAUAAAGUUAAUAUGCACAUAAUUAAAUUUAAACUUUGGAAAUCAACCCAACAAUAUGUAUAUGUUAAUCAAAGGUGCUUAAAAGACUUAAAGAAGUAUUUUGGACACUCAAAAUAUCAAGAGAAAGGUUCGCAGACCCAAACGGUCGAUGCAAACGAUCGACCGUCGUGUUAAAAAUCGAAACGGAACAAGACUGUCAGAUCAACGGUCGACCGCCGGUGGCCAACGGUCGACCGUCGCCUGUCUAGCCAAGUGCCGCCGUCCACCUCUAGUCAACAACGGUCGACCGCCGGUCAACCGCGGUCGACCGUCACGGUGAAUCUCCAAUCCGACCUGAUGAAGAUCAAGGUCGACCGUCGCGCCAAACGGUCAACCGUUCCGAGCCCCGUAGCUUAAUUAAAUGAUAUUUUAAUCAUGUUUCAUCCAAAUAAACUAAUGCAUGAUUA